AUGUCCUGCCUGAUAUCCACGAAGCGAUAUAGAGAAUCUGCUUUGUUAAGGAUCCUUCAAAUUAUACAAUGCCUUGCUGUAACGAGUCCAAAAAAUUCAACCACGGCACUCGGAAGUUUCAAGGACGAAGAAACGAGGGAAAGUGAUGAAGAACAUGUUUUGAAAAAAGCGAUUGACAGAUGCGUCACUGCGCUAUUUACGAAUACGGCUGACAAUAUAACUUCGAAACUUGCACAAAAAGUUCUAACGUUUGUGAAAACUAAUCAAUUUGAAAGCCAACUAGCAACGGACAUGAUAUCAUCGCUGAUUUCGCAGAUGACCUAUGCAUCGCCAAGAUUUUGGUUACCAUUUGCUGAACAUGUUCUGCAUAAUCUUCGCAGCCUGUUGACCCCUGAUGCCCAAGCCGCUGAAGAGCUCGAAACCUCUACGCAGUGGUUUGUUGGUCUUGCUGGAUCACUACUAUCAACCACUAGUGAAAAUUACCUUGAAAAGAAGGAUAUUUGCUUUGAAAUGAUAGGCCUACUCGUAGCGUGCAAAAAUAAGGUGGCGUACAAUAAUGGAGCAAUAGGUCUCUGGUAUAUGCUUUACAUGCUUUCCCGAAUUUAUCCCGAAAAUUCACGAUACAUCAGCGAUCGGCUGAACCGCCCACUUAGUGAAUGGGUGCCUGUAAGGGAGUGGGGUACACUGCAUGAUCUUCAACAAUCAAAAAUGGCAUGGUAUGUACCUGGUGAGAAAGGAAAAGAGCUGGUGAAAUUGCUUUUGAGAAAAUUUGUGUUUCCUGUAGUCGACUUAUUGCGAGAUGAAAAACUGGACAGAGACACGUUGAAGAAAGCAUUCUUCAUUUUAAGUUACGGUUUGAGCGGUUCCAUCACUUGCUUUCCUAUGCCGUGUUCUCCCGUGUUUGAUUCACCUAAUACAGUCUUACCUUGGUUUAAAGCCGAUUUAGCCAAUCCCUCCGUCGUCAGCUGGGAUAUUCCUUAUCCAUCGGGUAGAAAUUUUCGCGAAGAGCUCGUAGAUGUAUUGGAAAAGGUUAUAGAACGAUUGGUGACAUCUAAAAGAGAGCACACUCAAGUUUUGUCAUGCAUAUGCCGAAUACUCCAUAAUUUGAUUGAAACAAGUUACACGGACUCGCACCAAUUAGACAUAGCAUCUGGCGAACACUCCGAUAUUUACAACUACUUGACGACACCACUUUCGAGGAAAGUGCAAAUUUUUGUGCUUGAAUCUCAAGCAUAUGUUUCACAUAUGAGAAUGGUGGUUGAAUCUCCCGAACGUGCUUUCACCAUGUUCCAUUUGAGAGUGUUUCAUUUACUGGCUCGUUUGACCUUGAAUGAUUAUUCUGAAGUACGCGGGGAGGCGCGAGCUGUUUUAUCCACGCUUUUCUCGGAGUACGCUAUUGCAAAAGAAACCAUUGUAGAGGAUAUUCUUCCCACGCUUAGUGAUCCGAAUAGCACUAGGGAUCAACUGAAGGGGGCUUUGUGUAUGAUUUCACAAUCAAAUUGGGCAACUUCAAGCACCAUAGGUACUAAAAUGAAAGUUUGGAAAGCAAUUAUCGAAAUGAAGGUAGUCGAUUACCCUGAGGUUAUUGAUCUUUACGAUGACUUGUGGAAUGAAAUCGGGAAAAUGCAAAAACCGGCUCGAAAGCAUUACGAAUGCAAAAAAUUGAACGCUUUCUGCAAAGAGUGGCUUCAUGAGCUUCCGAAAAGUGGAGAAUGGUCAAAGUUCAAAGAUCCAAAAGUUCUGGAGGAUACCGUAAAAAUGAGGGCAGCACGGAGGGCCGCAAAUCAGAAGUAG